GGUGCACGGCUCGCCCGCACGACUUCGUCUGCCUAUUCGUCUCAUCAGCGCAGCCCGCGGCAGCUCUUUCCUACCAAUUUACCGCCUACAAAUGCGGCUGAUCGCCUUAGUAGAACUACUAUGACGAUAGAAGCGCUUCACUGCUUGCCCGAAGCGUUUGAAGUCCACCUCACCGCUUUUUGCUCCUUAGUUUCUUAACCUCUGACAUGCCCUCUGCAUGCUUCUUUGCGCGUCUACUCCCGUCUUUAUUUGCUUUCGCCCUCAACCUUGCGGAAUCUCUUCAGGCCAAUAAUGGUGAAUCCCCGUGUAAUGAAUGGGGACGCUGUGCCCAGACAUGCAUACAGAAUUGGAAAAAUCAAUCUCUUGUUGAAUGUGGUUGUGUUGAGGGCUUUCGCCUAGACAUCAAUCGUGUUUCCUGUCUUCCAGUAGAUCCAUUAGCGUCGUACCUUUUGAUAACCACUAGUGUUGGUAUUCAGCAGUCAUUUGUGGAAUCGAAGGGCGAGAGCCACUUCUUGUACAAUAGCAACACUCUUGCUGUGGCAUUGGAUUUUCUAUUAAGUGGCCCCAAGACAACAGUCUUUUGGAGCGACAUAAACACGGAUCAAAUCAACGCAGGGGAAGUUGUGGAAGGAAGAUUGAAAGAUGUGCGCUCCCUCGUGACGGGUGGUCUGGAGUCAGUGGAGGGCCUGGCCGUGGACUGGAUUGCGUGCAAUCUCUACUGGGUGGAGAGCAGGCACCAAGAAAUAGAGGUUUCAAGGUGUGAUGGUUCCAUGCGGGCAUCGGUUGUGGGCGAUGUCCGCCGCCCUAGAGGCUUGGCACUGGAUCCACGAGUGGGGUUCCUUUUCUGGACUGACUGGAAUGAUGAAAACCCACGAAUUGAGCGAAGCUACCUGGAUGGAAGCUCAAGAAAGGUGAUAGUUAAUGUGGAAGAGUACAGCAACCUGCCAAAAUCUUUGCCCAAUGGAAUCACGCUGGAUUACGCCGUCAAUAGAGUCUAUUGGAUUGAUGCUAGGUCUGGAUCAAUUCACACUGUUAAAUAUGAUGGAACAGGUCAUAAGAAAAUUCUUCAUUUGUCAACAUUUUCGAAGCCUUUCUCUAUGGAUGUGUUUGGCGAUUACUUUUAUUGGACAGACAUCACAUUUUCUAGUAUAUUUAAGGCUCAUCGAUUUUCAUUGAACGCUUCUCAGAAGGUGGUGGUCCAAUCCAGUAACACACUCUAUCAGGCUAUUAUUGUUCAUCCCUCCAGACAUCCUACAUACAAUACAACAAAUUAUUGUGCCUACAAGAAUGGCUUCUGCAGUCACCUGUGUGUUCUGGGAAAUGGUCAGCCAUUGUGUAUGUGUCCAUAUGGCCUGCAACUUGGUCCUGACAAGCGAACUUGUGAAGAUCAUGGACCUCUGGUUCUUUAUCAAACAAAGAACACAAACAUUGUUUAUUUUGCCCUCGCAAGUGAUCCUUCCCGGUGGAUUUAUCCUCCUGUGAAGCUGCACGCAACUGCAUUUGCCCUAACCUAUGAUAGCCAAAAUGAAAUUUUGUACUGGAUUGAAGGGAGGACGAUAAAAAGGCACAUGCUCAAGACCUACACCACAGAAAUAUUUGCAGAAUUUGGAUCCUUGGUGAAGUUGACUGCACUAUCGCUCGACUGCUUAUCUGGCAACCUGUACGUAGGAAACUCUGUGCAGCUCAACAGCGAAAUUCGCAGCCAGAUCUCGGUGUGUGCAACAGGCGGCCGGUACUGCAGCAAUCUCAUCUGGGAUUCUGUGCGACAUGUCAGUGGUCUUGCAGUGGAUGCUGCAAACAGACUUGUUUUGUGGAUGGAACGAGAGCGUUCGUCUGCUGACCAGGACCUGAUGACUGUUAAAGCUGCACACCUGAAUGGCUCUGUUACAUGGGCAUUGCAUACAUGGACCUGCCCUAAAAAUGCUGCAAUGAAAGGUUUUGACGUGAACCCUUUGCGAGAAGAAGUGUGUUGGAGUGACAUAAACAGGGGUGCUGUUAUGUGCAUCAGCUAUGGCACUUCAGCUAAUUUUUCUGAAGUAUUUCUUGCCCGUGGUGGCAGCCAAGACCACUUGGUAUUUACUGCUGAUGGGGAGAAGUUGUUGUACAGCCCUGGAAAUGGUAGCUUGUACUCGAUCAUCUAUGGCUCUCAUAAUGCACCAUAUCUAGUUUGGAACAGCACACAGCCAUUGAGCUACUUGAAGCAUACUAGUGCUGAUGACAUUCUGGAACAUUCUGCCUCAAGACACCCGUGCCAUCAUUUACCGGUGCCUUGCAAUGGAAUCUGCCUUCCUGAAGAAAAUGGCCACAGAUGCUUGCCUAUUGGAGGCUCGGACACUCUCUUAGUGUUUCUCCAGAAUCAUAGGACUGUAGUUUACCCUGUUGGGUCAGAUGCUACUGUGCCACCCCUCCUCUUGCAAGCAGAAUUCAGUGAGAUGCCCCUUGAUUCAAUUCAUGUUCUCUCAACUGAAGAAGCAGUAGUAUUUUCCAGCCGUGAACGACUGUAUUGGGCCCGCAUUGAUGGUUAUAAUGUUACUCCUGUGGCAACGUUGAAUAACACCAGAGUCACUGCACUGGCUGCUGAUGCAUCUUCAGGUCUUUUGUACAGAGCUGUGUUUAGCAGUCAUGGUGCCCGAAUUGAGUCUUUCUUUCUGAAUGGAACUGGUGUUAGUGUUCUGGUAGACACUGACCUUCACAGGGUCAAUGCUUUGGCAAUACACCCUUCUAGAAGACUUCUGUUUUGGAGUGAUGCUGGUGAAUGGCCGCGUAUUGAACGUUUUGAUUUGGAGACAAAGGAGAGGCAGACCAUAGUACAUGAAGAGUUGUUUCAAGUGUCUGACCUGACGCUAGACUUGGAGCAUGACCUAGUGUACUGGUGCGACCUGGGCACAGCUCGCAUUGAGCGAGCACGCCUGGAUGGCACUCGUCGCACCAGCAUAGUACUCAACAAGGGCCCGAAUCGCCACUAUUCCCCAGUUUCUGUGGCAGUCUUCCAGUCAGUACUUUUCUGGAUUGAUAGCACCUACUCAGGUGGCUCUUUGGUAAUGUUGGUCAAAAACAGGCAUCCUCAGAUCUCAACAUGGAGUCGAUUUCUUGGUCCAAACAUGUCUCAUCUGCAACUUUACAACAGGCACAUACUCCCAUAUCUCAAUGAGUCAAGUGAUAUGUACAGUUCUAACCUGAACCCUAUAAUGUCUUGCCGUGGUUUCUGCUUCAAUGGUGGGACCUGUUCAGCCAUUGAUGACGGCCCUGGUGGACCCACUUGCCAGUGCACUGCCAAUUUUACUGGGCCACGGUGCCAGUUCUAUGCAGCAUACAUCUACAAUCCACCCUUCUCUGAUGAGGAACCAGCUGAUGUGAAGAUAAUAGUGAUUCCAGUGGCUGUGCUGCUUUCUGCAUUCCUGCUGAUGCUGGUGGUUGCUUGGGUGAAAAGGAGGCGUGCUUGGCAGUCCACUGCAGUCUCCCUCUCUUCUGAAGAGGCCAAUCCAGCCUUAGCGGCACGCAUGAUUGAUAGCCAGUAUGAAACUUCUUUCUCAGAUAAUGUGUUGUUGAUGGGGACUAACCUGGCUUUUGAAGACACCGAGCCAGAGCCACGUCCUGGAAAUGGCAACAUGCUCAUUGGCCUUGAAUCAUUGCCCAGAAAGCCUUUGACAACAAUUUUAAAGAGCACAUGGCUACACCCAGUGUGAUCAUCAUCCUCAUCGCCAUUGUGUUGUAGCAUCAAAGUUUCUGGGCUGCAGCUUUUGGACUGCCAUUGCCAUUCUGCAAGCUUAAAUGGCUGUUCCUUAAUUCAGUGCAUCAUUUAGUUUUGUUGCUUUGUUCAGUCACCAUUUUUUGCUGUUUCUUUUGCAAGGACAACAGUCACAUAUUAACAAGGUACAUGAAAGCAACAACACUGUCAAAAGUUUUUAUUUUUUAAACUUAAUGUGAGCAAGAGGUUGUCACAUGGGAGAAGUGAUUGUCAUUGUCAAUGUGCCACUUUAUCUCCUGCGGCAAGAUGAGGGGUAAAAGUCAUUAAGCCAAUCCGGGGCUGCGGUGUGAUUUUUCUGUAUUCCAACACAUCCAUCAUUAAAACUUGGCUGCUGUUGCUAGAAAAUAAUUUGAAGAAUGCAUAUAUUUUCCGAAGCACAGCAUUUCAGAGUGAAAACAGGCGAGAGAGUGCAGGUGCAAAGCUAACUUGCCAGUGGUGAAGGAGAAAGGCCAUGUCCACAUUCAUGUAGCAUAACCAUAAAAGUAAGGCUAGCUUAUGUGUUAGCUCUUUGGUCACUUUUUUUUUUUAGUCUUUCCAUACUGCAUUUGAUUUGAACCAGGCCUGUGCACAUACAGUCGAGUGCAAAAGUCUAGAGACCACGGUAUAUGAAAAAAAUUAAUUUUUCCAGCACAGCUGUGCAACAUGAAAUUGUAUAAAAGCAUGGUGCUGGUAAAGCAGGCGCACGUGGACAGUACACUGAUUUCAGCCUUUAUGCCUAGGCUGAGAAGAAAAAAAAAUUUAGCGGCAACUCUGGUCCUUAAAAUUUUGCACUUGACUGUACAUAAAGGGGAUGAAGACGCAUGAUGUUAAUAUGCCAUUCUGAAUGCACACAGUCACAAAAUGAGAUUUGUGAGGUGAUGCCAUGUCUGGCCCCGCUAUACUUCCUGGAAGCUGUGCACUUUGGAAGGAAAUAGAAACUUGCCUAACAAUGAUAAUAUAAAAUGAACGAUACUUAUGAUUAACACAAGUUUACAACUUAGUUUUUUUUUGGUGGGUCAUUUGUUGUCUGUAUAGUCUUCAAACCUGUCGUUUUUAGAUGUUUCUUCUUCAGACCAUAGGAUAACAUUACUUCAUCUGAGGGAAGGAAUGAAGUGAAAUGCCUACGAGUUUGUGUGUCCAUCCAUAAUGUGUGUGUGCAUGCACUUCAAUUUGUACAGCUGUCCAGUUUUCAGAAUGCAGAGGAUGCACACAAUUGCUAUCUCUGCACGUACAAUUGCACUCUUGUUUCCUGGCUGUGUGCAUAGGGUGCAAGGAUAUUCAACUUUAGGUGGCUUCUGCAUUCUGAAAACUUGUGGGUGGCUGUACAUGGAGCAGCAAAUUACUGUCAACACACUUUACAGUGAAGUACUUAAACUUGCCUAUUGAAUGGACAUUUAAACCAUUAUUUUCUACAACUUUGGAUCAAAACAAAAAGCCAGUACAGGAGGGUUAUGUUUAGAAUUUUGAGUGUGCUGAACUUCCUGUGCCACCUUAAAGUUAAAUCUGGGUAUUCUACUUCAGUUCAUUUUGUAAUAGCUUAUGCACCAUGUUCAAAAUUAUUCAUAUAAACUAUCUUUAAUCUUAACAUGUGAAAAUAAACGGUGCAAUCACAGUGUUCGCAUUCACACAAUCUUGUAUGCAUAAAUGGUCAGCAGUGCUAAAUGACAAGUUGUGUUAGUCACCAUUGUGUACAAUUGCAAUUCCAGUGCAUGAACUGAGACACCUUUCAUUCAGGAAAAUUCAUCAAGAUUUUAUUUGCAGCUUUUUAGGUGUCUGUGGCAAGUCAUAAUAUGCAAGCAGUGAUUAGGGCUCUCACUGUUUUUAUUGGUGGUCAUGUGAUGUGCUUCAUUUAGCAGUUCGAAAAAUAGCUGUACAACUAGCUGUAGCUGCAUAUAGAGGUAACUGAAGCCUUGUGUUCUGUUUUAUGGAAACAGCAUGGGCCUUUUAUGAUGUGUUCUAAUGGUGAAAAAAAAACGAGUGCCAAGGCUGCUGUAACGUUUUUCAUGACUGGCAAGAUGUAGCAUUGCUUUCUGAAGUGCUGCAGCUAGAGUGAAUUGUGGAGUCUCAAACAUGUGCUUUAAAUGAGGGCAUUAAUUCUGCCAUGAAGCAUUUCUAUUCUCUACUACCUGAUAUUUAUUAUUUACCAGCUUAUGCAGUCAGCAUGUUUGGUCAUUUUUGGGCAAAUCAAGCCCUGACAAAUGCGAACACUCAUUCUAAGAAAGAAUAGUGGAUUUUGUGCUUUUGUCAGGCCUUGACAACUUGCAUUUUUGAGCUUUCAUUUUUGUAGAUCUGUUGUAUACAAGAUGGUGUUCCUCUAGUACCUUGUUUUAUUCCGACAUCCCUGACCCUGCCUUUUCAGUUUUCAAAAUGUUACAGAGGUAUGUCAAAGCAGAGUUUGAUAUUUUUUUUGUUGUAGCUGCUGUACUGUAAUUACAAAUUAUUUCCACAGAAAUAUACACUCUGCAGAAAAUAUC